AUGUGUCUCCAGGUUCAGCCAAUAAAGAAGAUGCCAAUGGUUUGACGCACAGACAUCCAGCACGUCUGCCGUCCACCAGCUCACAACUUGGACUGGCCACAAGUGACCAGCUGGCCGCAGCAGGGGAUGGUCCAGAAAAAGUUGAACUGAAGAAAACCAUGGGUUUAGUCAGUGGGAUAGCACUUAUUGUAGGGACUAUGAUUGGUUCGGGGAUAUUCAUCUCACCAGGGGGCGUUAUAAGCAGCACAGGCUCUAUUGGUCUGGCACUGGUAGUGUGGGCAGGGUGCGGCAUUCUGGCUAUUCUAGGUUCCUUGUGCUAUGCUGAGCUAGGGACGGCACUAACAAAAUCAGGCGGAGAAUAUGCAUACCUUUACGAAGCUUUCGGACCUAUCCCAGCAUACCUCUUUGCAUGGCUGUCAGUGGCAGUGAUAAAAACCUCCUCACUCUCUAUCAUUAUGUUAGCAUUUGGACAAUACUUAUCUGUUGUCAUAUACGAUGGCUGUGGCCCACCUCCUUCUAUUCCCAAAAUGAUUGCUGCAGCUGCUAUUUUGGUUAUUAUGGGCAUCAACUGUUACUCCGUUAAGCUGGCGACAAGGGUUCAGAACUUCUUUGCUUUUGCGAAACUGGCUGCAAUUGGACUGAUUAUUGUUGGCGGAAUAGUUAAACUUAUACAAGGUAAUAUCCAACACCUUGGCAAUGGGUUUGAAGGCACCUCUAACAAUGUGGCUGGAAUAGCACUGGCAUUCUAUGAUGGGCUGUGGGCUUAUGACGGCUGGAACAACUUGAAUUAUGCUACAGAAGAGUUGCAGAACCCAACAGUAAAUCUUCCUCGUGCCAUUCUGAUUGGCUUGCCGCUGGUUAUGAUAUGCUAUAUCCUUGUUAAUAUUUCCUACUUGAGCGUCAUGUCUGCUGCAGAAAUUAUUGCAUCACCUGCUGUGGCUGUUACAUGGGCAGAUAGAGUGAUAGGCCCAGCAGCCAUUAUUAUUCCUAUCUCUGUGGCAAUGUCUACAUUCGGUGCUGCUAAUGGCACAGCCUUCACAGGUGGCAGGCUUUGUUUUGUGGCAGCCAGAGAAGGCCAUCUUAUGAGUAUUCUGUCCAUGGUUCAUGUCAAGAAGUACACACCUCUCCCGUCCAUGAUCUUUACUGCCUGCAUUGCCAUUCUGAUGAUCAUUCCAGGAGAUAUAUCUGCUCUCAUCGAUUUCUUUAGUUUUACUGCCUGGUUGUUUUAUGGUGCAACAUUUGCUGCUCUUCUUGUCCUACGAUUCAGACAGCCUGACCUGCCAAGGCCAUACAAGGUUCCAAUAGUGAUACCAAUUUUCAUGCUGCUUGCUUCCCUGUACCUAGUCAUAGCUCCCAUUGUGGACUCCCCUAAACUGGAGUACCUGUACGCAACCUUGUUUAUUUUGGCCGGACUUAUCUUUUAUGUGCCUUUCAUCCACUUUAAAAUACACCCAAAGUUCAUUGAUAAAAUCACAACAGCUCUUCAGUUGUUAAUGGAAGUAUCACCAACAGAGUAUGAACCAGACAGUUAGACACUAGAAGAUGGCGGAUCUAGAGCAUUUUAUUGAAAAAAAGGUUUCUGAUGACAAUCAGACUGGUAUAUGAAUAUAAACAGUUUGAAAGAAAUCAAGAUGUUAUUAAUGAACAUAAAUUUAAGGAACAAGGACUUAAAGAAAAUGAUGUUAAAGCAUCUUCAAGCCUCACCUGAGGAAAAUACCAGCUGAGCUGCUAUACAGAGACAAUAACACAAACAACAAACAUUUUAAA